UCUGCUCUCUGCUGGCAAGUGCCGGUAUCGCUACUUACUCUUAUUUCCCAGCAUGCCAACUUCAUACACAUAACAAGAUGGCGCAGGCUAUAUUUGAAGCCCUAGAAGGGUUGGACAAUCAAACAGUCCUGGCUGUUCAGUCCCUAUUGGACGGACAGGGUGGAGUCACAGACCCAACCAAUCAGAAUGUCUCGGCCACUUCUACCAUUCAGCCAAUGGACGAUGAGGAUGUCUUCCUGUGUGGGAAGUGCAAGAAGCAGUUCAACUCGCUGCCAGCCUUCAUGACCCACAAGCGGGAGCAGUGCCAGGCCAACACGCCCUCCCUGGCCACCGUCUCACUGGCCUCCAGCAAUGUGUACACCUCCGUCCCCUCCAUCAGCUCUGUGCAGCAGAACCCUUCCUCCAGCAGGCAGCAAGUGUCCACCUACAUCACAGUGCCCCAGUCGCCUCUUGCUCACACGCUGGUCCAGGGGAAUGUGCUAGUCAGCGACGAUGCGUUGAUGUCAGCCAUCUCUGCCUUCACCUCGAUGGACCAGCCCAUGACUGCCAUGCAGCCACCUGUUCAGAGUAACCUGAGCAUGCACUCAGGCUCAUCCUACCUGCAGCACGGCCCACCCCCUAGCCAGCCUCCGUCACUUUCCUCGCAGUCCAGCAACGCCGUGGUCCAGAUCUACAGCACACUGCCCCCCAUGGCAGGGAAUGGAACAGCAGAGGUCCAGACCCUGGGACUGCAGCAGUUCCAGCAGAUACAGGUCUCCAGUCAGUGUGUGGAGAGCAUUGCCUUCAACACGCCUCCAGUCUACAGUCCAGGGAAGCAAGGCUUCAAGACCAGAACCAGCAGCAUCUCCACAGGCUUGACCAACAGCAACCCUGGAGAGCUGCCAGACUUUGAUCAGGCUGCCAAGCCUCGGCCCUCAAAGAAUGACGUGGAUGGACAGGAAGGUGUCCCAGUAAAAGGAAAGGCUCAGAAGCUAAAGUGCAAUUUCUGUGACAAAACAUUCACCAAGAACUUUGAUUUACAACAGCACAUUCGGAGCCACACAGGAGAGAAGCCGUUUCAGUGCAUCGUGUGUGGCCGUGCCUUCGCUCAGAAAUCCAACGUGAAGAAGCACAUGCAGACCCACAAGGUGUGGCCCUCGGGCAUGGGCACCACUGUUUCCCGGCUGCCCAUCACUGUCAGGGUAGUGCCGGUGACCGGCACUGAGGAGAGAGAGCAGUUGACAGAGAAGGAGAACACAGGUGAGUGUGAAGAAGCAGACAGCGAUGCCCCUCUGGAGGCAGACUGCCAGGAUGGCAAGCUCAAGCCUGCAGGGAAAGCGGAGAACAAGCAGAUCGUCCUCAUAGACAGCUCCUACCAGUGUCAGUUCUGCGCCAGCAAGUUCAACACCUACUUCCAGCUCAAAUCACACAUGACCCAACACAAGGAUGAGCAGGUGUACAAAUGUGUGGUGAAGCCCUGCUCUCUGACCUUCCAGAAGCUGGAGCUCUUCCUGGAGCACAUCCAGCGCCACCAGGAGCAGCUGACAUACCGCUGCCACCUGUGCUGUAAGGUCUUCACCUCGCUGUUCGAGCUGGGCGUGCACCAGUACUCCCAUAACUACUGUCCGCAGCAGAGCCCCCGCAAGGAGCCCACCUUCUACAGGUGCUUGAAGUGCCAGAGCAAAUAUUCAACACAGGAGGCCCUGGACCAGCAUCUUCAAACAGCUUCUCACAACUUCCCCUGUCCCCACUGCCAGAAGGUGUUCCCGUGUGAAAGGUACUUUCGCCGCCAUCUCCCUACGCACGGGGUGGGCGGAAAGUUCAAAUGCCAGAUCUGCAAGAAGUUCUUCAAGACGGAGCACUACCUCAAACUGCAUACCCGCAUUCACUCCGGAGAAAAGCCUUAUAAAUGCAGUGUAUGCGAUGCCACAUUCAACCGCAAGGAUAAAGUGAAGAGGCACAUGCUGAUCCACGAGCCCUUUAAAAAAUACAAAUGCCCUUUCAGAACACAUGUAGGCUGCACUAAAGAGUUCAAUAGACCAGACAAGCUGAAGGCACAUAUACUCUCCCACUCCGGCAUCAAGCCCUACAAGUGCCAAUACUGCCAGAAGGCAUUCAGCCGCAGGGCCCACAUGCUGGAGCACCAGCGAUCGCACACAGACAACUACAAGUUCCGCUGCCCUGCCUGCAACAAAGGCUUCACCCGGCAGAAAUACUUCCAGGACCACAAGUGCCCCCAGGUGGGCGGGGCAGAGAAGCAGGGGCCGGACAAAGGCAGAGCCAAAAAGAAGCAGCCCCGCCCCAGGAAGGCUGGAGGAAAUGCCCAGACUGGUGAGGAGACAGGGCUGUCCCAGGCUGUGAUUGGACAGGACGGGAAGGUGACGGGUCCAGAGCUGGGAGAGGAGGAGGAGGGCAUGCUGGCGCCCCAGACUGUGCUGUCAAUAGUCGUGGGAGACGAGGGGAUGGAUGAUGACACAGAAGUGCAUGGCAUUCCAGAGGGGGAUGAUUCGGAAGCCAUGGGGAGCAAUGACGACCUGACUGAACUUCAGACCAGCCCAGAUGUUGCCAUGUUGGCGGUGCCUGUGUACGUACAGACUACGGACUGAGAGAGUGGGGCUGGGGAUUGAUACUGGACUCUCUAAUGUUACUUUAGGUAAGGUAAUCCAAGAUUGGUUUUUACAGAUCUCAAUUAAGAACUAGACAAUUGUGUCAUAAAACUAACCAUCCUGUUCACUUGGAUUCUGCAUUCCAAGGACUAAUUGACCAUAUUGGGACAAAAACAUUCCUGUUGCAGAACAUCAACAGUGCAAGCAGCGUCAUGUGUGUUUUAGUUUGGAACUGUUAAAUAUGAUUUUAGUUUUUAUCUUUGCGUUACUCCCCGUGAACUACAGUACAGUCUAACGUACCCAUUUCCCAGGAGGUUUGUGUGCGUCGUGCAAGCAGGUUGGUAGAUCCAAGUUAUCCUCAGGGAGGAUUGCAGUCUGCAGCGUCCAGGCUUAGAGAGGCGAGAGGGCAAACCACUUAGCCAAGGCACCUCUUGUCAUGUUUAGAAUAUUGAAAAGCUAGGGUGUGGUACUGCUAGACUCAACACUGAUAAAUCCUGCCAGCAAAAGCUGCACAGGGGACUUGUAAAUGCAAACAGUAUUCAGGGUGUUUUAUAUUAAAACGUUUUAGAAUCAAAAGUAUACAAAAAAACAAAACAAAAACAAAAGCAGAAGCACGCCGCGAUCAUACGUUUUUCUACAGCUUUCAUGUGCAUUAUUUAUUACAUUCUUCUGCUCAUUUUCCAUAUUUCACAUUCUUUUUCUAGUUUUGUGUUUUAUUUUGCUGCAGCAGUUAAAUGUGUUAUUGCUGCUACUGAUAACAACAGAAUGUGGUUCCGAUGUGAUUACAUUGUGUUAUACUUAUCAUGGCAUGACUGAAUUAUUUGAAAAUCAUUUGUUAAAUCUACUUGUUUCUCAUGUCAUAUUUCAACUGACUGCCUAGUAAGAUAUACAAAAAUAAACUCAACACAUUUUCUAUGUCUUCAAUUGAUUUGGAUGAUUAUUUUAAAUGGCAUGGGUACAUAUGAACACUGGCAUAAACUGGCAGAAAUAUCCUUUAGGUGGUGGUCCUGAAUAUGAGGGAUGAGAACAGCGGCAUGUAACAGCUACAUGUUAUGUAAGGAAUAAAGUACACCAAACUGUAUACAAUAAGGCUGUAACCCAUCAGUGGCUUCAGGUGUUAAAUAAACUACACAAGCUUAAGUGAUGUAACAGUGUUACCAGAAACCUGAGAUGGAAGUCUUAGGAUUUUUUAAAAUGUAGUUACGCAAUAGUUAAUAAAAGUAAAUGCAGUAGUGCCAGAUGACUUUUGACAGGGAGAAGCGCAUAAUGCGUAUCUUGUGCUGUCCACUGAAAUAUGACAAACAUAUCCACUUAACCGGCAGCUAAAGGGCUGGGUUUAAGAUAUAGAAGACAGCACUAGUCAAAAGAUGUUGCAGAGUCACAUUUUAGUUCCCCCCCUCCCCCUCCCCCUCCUUGGCUGUGAAAACACCCCCUUCAGGCAGAGCAGGUGCUCAUACACAAAGCUGUGUGGUGAUGUUUUAAACGCAUUAGAAAAAAUGAUUAAACACUGUUUAUAUCCAUCGCUGUUCAGAACAACUGUAUAGCGCGGUUUUUAUCAAACGACUAUUUCACUAAAAGGAUCUUACCUGCGUGACUCAAAGCCAUCGCUGUGUCCACUGGAGUAGCCAGGAACAGAAGCGCUGUCCCUGCCAAGGCAGCCAGGCACUAUUCGACAAUGUAGAGCAGUGGCACUCAACUCUGCCCCUCGAGAUCCAUUCCAGGUUUUUACUCCAAGCAGGCUCUAAUGUAGUUAAUUGAAGCUGUUAAGAGGCAAUUAACUAAUUUAGGGCCUGGCUGGAAUAAAGACCAGGACUGGAUUGAAUCUCGAGGGCCAGAGUUGAGCACCACUGAUGUAGAGCACCUGUGAUCUUUCUGGCGAGCACCAUGGCCAGUGCCACAGCAGGGUUUAGGUACGCCUCACAGACGUGGCCAAAACAGUGGCUUAGGAAGGUGAUGCUGAACCCAAAACAGUGCUACGUGGGUGGUGGGGACUGCUGGGCCACCCAAGGGAACUGUAAACCCCAAACUGAUAAAGAUAAACUGGAAUACUGCCAAAAACUCGCCAGGGAGCUGUCCUAAAAUACUGUGCCGCAGCAUGCCCUGCUAAGUCACAGUAUCAAUGUAAUAUACAGUGUAUGUUUUAAAUUCUAUCCUUCAAUGAUGUACUCCCUUAUUAAAUUAGAAAAGCUGCUCUUUUUGUUGAACUUCAGUAGAUUAAAUACAGCCGUAAAAUGUGUCAAAUUAUUUUGUUGCCUUGUAACUUUACAUAAGGAAAUGCAACUCUGCGCCGAAUAAAUAAGUGUCCUAGAUAAACACUAAAACUUACUCGAAACAAGAAAAAAUAUGCUGGGUCCAAAAUUUGGUCCAAAACUGGGUUACUAACUAUACUCAGGAAAAAAAAGUUAAAUUAUGGUAAAUGUUGUCCUUGGAUUAAAAUUAUGUUUCAUCUGCCAAACAGGUCCAUCUUUAGUAUUAAUAAUUCUUACAUUUGUUACCAAUUGAAUAUUACAUAAAUAAUCUUUUUUUAAACUUCCCUAUUGUUUCUAAUGGCAUGGAGAUGAGGAAUUUAGUUCAGCUUAGUACUGAUUAUAGAAAUGGAUAUUUUAUAGGGUAUUUGGCUUGUUUUUUUUUUUUUUUCUUCAUUGUUUUCAAUUAAGGUCAUUUUAUCUUUUAGUUAUUGGAGUAAUUUUUGUUCCAUUUCCUUUUUUUACCCCAUUAUGAUUACAUCUACUGUUAAAGUCUAUGUAAUGUAGCUAUUGUGUGUUUAUUAUUUAUCAAAUAGGUAGAGGAAUAUAGUUUAAAUUAAACACAGUACAUUAAGGGACUGAAAGUCAAGUGAAUCAAACCCACAUAGUCCUGUAUAAAACAUUAAAAUCAACUUAUAUUUUAACAAAUACACUUGAAUUGCUUUAUGCUAAAACCAACCCAGUUAUCCUAAUGAACAAAUAAUUCUAUAUAAAUUCAUAUAAUACACUUAGAAAUUCAGGCUUGGGCACAAACUUGUAUGUAUGUACCAGGGAGCUCGUGCACACAUGGCCAUGUACCUGUACACAAACAUUUAAAAAACAAGACACUAGAUAUUACCCUUAGUUUUAUUUCUUAUAUUUCUAAACAGAUUUAAACAUUUUUUACACCAGUUUUCUUACUGUACAGAUAAAACAAAAGCAUUUUUAAAGUAUCCUUAAAUAGCAUUUUUUUAACCAUUACCCCAGUUUACUAAAAUGUUAAAUUUUACAAAAUGAAAAGAUUACACAGAAUUCAUUAUUAACAUGAUUUACAGCCUUCAUUUACACACAGGGAAAGUUUAUCACAUUUUCAAAGGAAAAAGAAUAUUUAGACACGGUCUCCACAUUUUUAGUUUGCAAUGAAACAUUCCUGAAUAUUCUAUACUUUCCUCUCCCUUAGGUCUUCACUUCAACCAGGUUUCAUGUAAAUGUGAUUAUUUUUAGUCUGAAAUCCACGAUUUUAUAUAUAUAUAUAUAGCAAUUUCCUAUUUGCUAAAUACACAUACAAAUCUAGUUGAUUUCCUUUGAAUAGGUGAUACAUAAGACGAAAAGGAAAUGCAAUUUUCAUUUUGCAAUACCCUAUUUGUAGACACACAGCAAUUUAAGUGGAUAUUAGCAAAGUUCACCCCAUCAGUGCUUGUUUUACAGAAGGGCAAGAGUACAAAAGGAAAACAUUGUAAAAGGGAACCAGACAGUUCUGAUUAUCCUUUUAAUAAGGAAGAAG